AUGGAAGCCUACGCUAUCUACUCUAGCCUAAGGUCUCAACUAAACUCAAACAGUGCAGCACUAAAAGAAGUUCAAACCACAAAGACUGGCUUUGCACUAUGUCCCUCAUCUCCGGAAGCCCUCCUAGCCCUUGAGGCCCAGAAAGAGAUUAUCUCUGCAUUCUUUGUUAACUGCCAGAUAGAACGCAGCUCCCGAUGGGUCUCAUAUCGAGUUACCAAUGUGCCAAGGAAAAUUGGCCAAAUCUUGAAUGGCCAAUACUCUCUAAUCCCCGUCAAUCCUACACUUCUGUCCUCAGAAAUAAGCGAAACUACAGGGCUUAAGCCCACAUCUAUUAGCGAGACCACUUCAAGCGCUGUCAACCCUGAUACUCCCUCCUCAAGCUGGUUUUUAUUUAAUGCACACGAUGCUGGAAAUGGCAUAAUGCAAGAUCCUGUGCCCGCCCCUCUCGAUGCCGGCUAUGUGGCUCCUCAGAGCAUACUGAAAAGGGCCAUGCCAAUCGCUGCACAGCCCUGGAACCUCAUCAAUGCCCUCCUAGAUGCAUACACUGUCAUGGACCACAUCCAGCUGAUUUCUUAG